AUGGGAGUCAAAGCGGCCUUCGCUCAGUCCCCACUGGCGGUCUAUGCCAGGAAAAUUCGAACCACGCCUCGAGAGGUCAUUUUCAAUCGCAGCCUGCUUCUUUCCACCGUCCUUUAUGCCACAAGUGCCAUCCCUGCAACAUGGGACCAAGGCUCUUCUGCGACCGUGCCCUCUCUUCCAGGGUUCCAACUGCAUUUCGGCAUAAGCUCAGGCACCGAUGCUCAAGCGAUCAAAAACUUCGUUUCGAUCGUCUACAUUGGCAUGGCUACCGGCUCCCUCUUGUCUUUCUUCGUCAAUGACAGGAUCGGGCGCCGUUGGUCCUACAGAUUAUACAUCGCUGUCUGGACUCUUGGCCAGAUCGUCGCCACGCUUGCUCCAGGCUUAGCUGGAUUAUAUGCGGCUCGAAUCAUCACCGGCUUGGGCAUUGGAGCUCUUACCGUUACCGGACCCAUGUCCAUUGUUGAGAUAGCGCCUGCAGAAAUACGUGGCCUUCUCACGGCUUGGUUUACCGUUUCAAUGAGCAUGGCGCUGGUCUCGGCCAACUUCUGCGUGUUGGGCGUCUUCGAACACAUCUCCACGAGCAGACUUCAAUAUCAGACCGUGUUCUUCUCUCCCUGCCUCUUCAUGUGGUUGGGAGUCAUUGCCAGCUUUUUCCUUUGUGAAUCGCCCAGGUGGUUGAUGCUGGUCGACCAGCACGACGAUGCAGUCAAGACCCUCGUUCGACUUCGAGGUCUGCCUGCUGAUCACGCCCGAGUGCAAAGGGAGCUGGCUGAAAUUCAAGGUUCUAUCCAGCUGGAGAGGGAGCGUUACGGUUGCGACACCCACAACGGCAUUGUCAGUAUCGUAAAAGAGACAUUCACGGUGCCCUCCAAUCUGAGACGCGUCCAGCAGACUCUUGUGUCUUACGGACUUGCACAACUGUCAGGGGCAAACAGCGUGACUUCCUACUUCAUCCCCAUCCUCACGUUGAUGGGGGUAGGAGGCGGUACGACCAGAAACCUAUUCUUAAGCGGCAUGUAUGGGCUAUCGAAACUCUUCUUUGCCCUCAUCGCUUCGUUCUUCUUCAUCGACGCCCUUGGAAGACGGAGAUCCCUUUUCGUCGGCAUCACUUUUCAGAUGUUGUCAGACUUGUAUAUCGGCAUAUAUAUCAAGUACAAGCAGGAGGGUGACGCCUCAGCUGCUUCGUCACAGGCGGCUAUUGGGCUCGUCUUCGUGCACGCCUUUGGCUAUGCUGUUGGUCUCUUUGCCUUGCCGUAUGUGUUUGGCGGCGAGCUUUGGCCCAACAGGCUCAGAUCCUUCGGUGGGGCCAUGUCGCAGUGCUUUCACUGGUUGUUCAUAUAUGCCAUGACCUACGGCACACCAUCCCUCCUUGAAAAUACCGACAACUGGGGUGCCUUCAUUUUCUUCGCCGGCUGGUGCUUCAUGUCGCUGGUGUAUGUGUACUUGGCAGUGCCAGAACUCGCCGGGCUUGGUGUGGAAGAGAUCGAUGCUCUUUUCAAAGGACCCUGGUUCAAUGCAUACAAGCGUGCCAAGCGGGCGACAGUCCUCGAGGGUGAGAACCUUGAGGCGCCCCGAGACCAAAAGAGUUCUUGA